AUGUUCUCUCCUCUUCCUCUUCUAUUCUGUCGUCUCCUUCUUGGGUGGCUGUGGCUGGUGGCUGUGGCUGGUGGUCGUGGUGGGUGGUUGUAUCUGGUGGUUGGGGAUGCUGCUUGGUCGGUCAUUGGUUGUGGGCGAUUGGGUGUGGUUGCUAGUUGCUUGGGUCGUCGGGACUGUUAG